CAAAGGAGGAAAUAAGGCUGAAGCGUUAAAUAAUCUGCUGGAGAUACUGGCCUUGAACUCUGGUGCUCUGUCUAAGAGUCUGGGUUACGUAUUAAGUGGCCCAGCAAGACAUUGAGGUGGGUUGUGGCAUUGGGCAGUAUGAGUAAUGAGCUUUGGGGAGGGACUCAGCAAGGAAGCACUGCCACACAGCAUAUCACACAGCCUGUAUGGUAGGAGAUUAUUAGUAGUGGACCUCCAGGUAAAGCUGACAAACAUGGGAUGCUGCCCUUAUUUAAAACUGACAACUGAAGUGUACAGAAGGGCCUGUUGAUGCUAGUGCAUGAGUUUAGGGGACCUGAUUGGCUUUGGCCCAUCCCAAAGUGGGUCGAUGGCUGGUCAGCAGGUGACAUGGACUCAGAGAUGAUGCCUUCUUGUGGAGGAGAGGAUGGUAAGGGGACCUAACUGCUUUUUCAAAGCUGAGGCCCAGGAAGAAAGUAGCGCGGGGAAACUACAUCUCCCAGAAGCCCCUGCUUCAGGUCUAGGCGAGGUGGUUGCCAUGGUUUCAGAAAACAAUAUGGCUGCUCCCAGAUGGGACGUGAGCCUCCUGCUUAGGGAGGCAGAAGAAGUCUGGACUCCCCCAGUGGCGAGAAAGGAGGCGUUUGAGGAGUCGUAAGGCUGAAGCUGGAAGCUGCACGGCUAGAACGGCCUACCUUUGACAAGGACACUAAUGGCUAGCAGCAUGGACGAAGAGGCGCUGCACCAACUGUACUUGUGGGUAGACAACAUCCCUCUGUCCCGACCCAAACGAAAUCUCUCCCGCGACUUCAGUGACGGAGUCCUGGUUGCAGAGAUUAUCAAGUUUUACUUCCCAAAGAUGGUGGAAAUGCACAAUUAUGUCCCUGCCAACUCCCUCCAGCAGAAGCUCAGCAACUGGAGUCACCUGAACAGGAAAGUGCUGAACAAACUGAACAUCUCGGUACCAGACGACGUGAUGCGCAAGAUUGCACAGUGUGUCCCAGGCGUGGUGGAGUUGGUGCUCAUCCCACUGAGGCAGCGCUUGGAGGAGCGGCAGAAGCGCAGGAAGCAGGGUGCUGGCUCCUUACAGGAGCUGGCUCCUCAGGAUAGCAGUGGCUACAUGGAUGUAGGUUUGUCCCAAAAGACCCAAGGGGAAGGUGCCCUGGACCCGCAUGGAGGAGGGCAGAUCAGAGGGGGCCAGCAGCUGGCAGCCUGGCCUCCUGGGUAUAACCAGGCCCAGCAGAGCAACCCAAGCUUCGUGCUCCAGAUUGCUGAAAAAGAGCAGGAGCUGCUAGCCUCACAGGAGACCGUGCAGGUCCUGCAGAUGAAGGUGAGGCGCCUGGAGCAUCUGCUUCAGCUCAAGAAUGUGCGCAUUGAGGACCUGUCCAGGAGGCUCCAACAGGCUGAGCGCAAGCCCCGGUGAGCGGCGGACUGAGUAAGGAUGUCCAGUACCUAUCCGAGCCCAGAUGCCAGGACACACAGCUACCUACCUGCAGACACCACUGGGAGGGCAGAGGCAAUGUUCAUUCAGGCCUCCUCCGUUCCACCACCUCCCGCCCAGGGGAUGGGAGUUAGCCUGUGGAGGUGGGGGGUGGGGUGGGGGCCUAAGCCACCUCAGUACAGUACGUCCAGGCUGGAAGAACCGAAGCUUUCCCUGAGCCCCACCUUUUAGUUCCUUGGGCCUUGGUUCCUUGGCUCUGUCCACAUUCCUAGAUCAGAGUCCCCACCCAGCUCUGGGGACAACAGUGUCUCCAUCCAGGCUAGCUCUUUCUGCCCUUAGCACCACGGGAAGCUGCCCACUGAAGCCAAGGGGCUCGCCUGGGGCCAUCUCUUCUCAGGGAUGGAGACUGCAGCAGCUGGAAA